AUGCAGCAGUCUGAAGAGCACCGGGGCAGCCCGCUGGACCCCGAAGGUCCAUCGGUUUGGUGCCGGCAAUCCCUGGAUCCAGACCACGUUUCCUCCCAGACUGAUGCUGGUCCUCAAAGACUCGGAGGCAGCAGACACUUCAGCAGACUUCACCUGGCCGACGGCUUACACCCACAGGUGACCCACGUCUCCUCCAGCCACUCAGGAUGUAGUAUCACCAGCGACUCUGGAAGCAGCAGUCUGUCAGACAUUUAUCAGGUAUCUGAGGCCUUCCUCCUACAUCCCACCUCAUCUCUGCAGACCCAGCCGUGGCUCCGCCCACUGGGGGUCUGCACCAAUGGCACUCAGAUGGCCACGGCUUUUCACAGCUCCCCACAUAUCUCAUCUGGUGCUUUCAAAGAACAGGAUCUGGCUGUGAGGCGGGCUGUGGAGUUUGCUGAGAGGCAGAGCAGAAGAAAGUUGGCGGCCACAGAGAACGAGUCGGGCGACAUGGACCUGAGUGGCCUGCCAGAGACCGCCGUCGACUCGGAGGAGGACGAUGACGAGGAGGAUAUUGAGCGGGCCUCAGACCCCCUCAUGAGCCGGGACAUCGUGCGAGACUGCCUAGAGAAGGAUCCCAUGGACCGGACAGACGAUGACAUAGGUCACUCCAGCACAUCCUCUCGCCUCACCUCUCCCAGCGCAUUAAACUUUCAGCACUACCGCAGCUCCGUACACGAGGCUGUCGCCCAGCCAAGCCCAGAGCAAUUACUGGAGUUCAUGCAUCAACUGCCAGCGUUUGCUAACAUGACCAUGUCUGUGAGGAGGGAGCUCUGCGCUGUCAUGGUCUUCGCCGUGGUGGAACGGGCCGGCACCAUCGUCCUGAACGAUGGAGAGGAGCUGGACUCAUGGUCGGUGAUCCUGAACGGUUCGGUUGAGGUGACCUACCCCGACAGCCGGACUGAAGUCCUGUAUAUGGGGAACAGUUUCGGGGUGUCACCAACCAUGGAGAAGGAGUUCAUGAAAGGUGUCAUGAAGACCAAGGUGGAUGACUGCCAGUUUGUUUGCAUAGCACAACAGGAAUACUGCUGCAUCCUCAACCAGGUGGAAAAGAACAUGCAAAAGGUCGAAGAAGAAGGCGAGAUAGUCAUGGUGAAGGAGCACCGUGAACUGGACCGCACAGGAACCAGGAAAGGGCACAUCGUCAUCAAGGGCACACCGGAGCGCCUCACCAUGCACUUAGUGGAGGAGCACUCGGUGGUGGAUCCCACCUACAUCGAGGACUUCCUUCUGACGUACAGGACCUUCCUCUCUAGCCCCAUGGUCGUGGGCAAGAAGCUCCUGGAGUGGUUUCACGACUCAAGUCUCAGGGACAAGGUUACACGGGUAGUCUUGCUGUGGGUGAACAAUCACUUCAAUGACUUUGAGGGUGACUCCGCCAUGACUCGCUUUUUGGAGGAGUUUGAAAACAUGCUUGAGAAAGAAAAAAUGUGUGGGCACCUCAGACUGUUAAACAUAGCGUGUGCUGCUAAAGCCAAGCCGCGGCUGGUAACCUUAACCAAGGCGUCCAGAGACUCUCCUCUGGCAUUCAGCCUCCUGGGAGGCCAAGAAAAAGGGUUCCGCAUCUUCAUUGAUGCCGUGGAGCCAGGGAGCAAGGCAGCAGAAGCAGGCCUUAAGCGUGGGGAUCAGAUCUUGGAGGUCAACGGGCAGAAUUUUGAGAAUGUUCAGCUCAGCAAAGCCAUUGAAAUUCUGAAGAACAACACCCAUUUGUCCAUAACUGUGAAGACAAAUCUUUUAGUGUUUAAGGAGCUGCUAACACGGCCAGAACACGACCACGAGUUGGACGUGGAUGAGGAGCAUGAUCGGAAGAACGGUGCACCCCACCUCCCAAAGAUCGGGGACAUCAAGAAGGCCAGCCGCUACUCCAUCCCAGACCUGGCCGUGGACGUGGAACAGGUCAUGGGCCUGGAGAAGGUCAGCAAGAAGGCCAAGUCCAACUCGGUGGGAGGACGCAACAAGCUGAAGAAGAUCUUCGAUAAGACGCUCACCAGCAUUCUGCCCCCGAAACCAUACAAUGAAGUGUGCGUGGGCCAAUCACAGGACGAUAGCAUUGUAGGGAUGAAGCAGUCCAAACAGAUCCCGCCAGCUUUGCCGGUCAGCGGGAACCUCUCGUCGUCGAACCCUGACCUCCUGCAGUCCCACCACCGCAUCCUGGACUUCAACAACCAGCCUGUACCAGUCGUGCUAAAUAUGUCGGACCAGGUGUUGCGAGUGUUUAAGGCGGACCAGCAGUCUCGGUACAUCAUGAUUGGGAAGGACACGACGGCUAAGGAGGUGGUGGCCCAGGCCAUCCGGGAGUUUGCCCUGACCGCGGCGCCCGAGGCGUAUUCCCUCUGCGAGGUGUCCGUCACGCCGGAGGGCGUCAUCAAACAGAGGCGGCUGCCAGAUCAGCUGUCCAAACUAGCUGACAGGAUCCAGCUGAGCGGCAGAUACUACCUAAAGAGCAACAUGGAGACUGAGACGCUGUGCUCGGACGAGGACGCCCAGGACCUGCUCCGAGAAGGCCAGAUCUCCCUGUUACAGCUCAGCACGGUGGAGGUGGCCACUCAGCUCUCCAUGCGAGCCUUCGAGCUUUUCUGCGCCAUCGAGCCCACCGAGUACAUCGAUGACCUGUUCAAGCUGCGCUCCAAGACCGGCUCGGCCAGCCUCAAGCGCUUCGAGGACUCCAUCAACCAGGAGACCUUCUGGGUGGCCACCGAGGUAACGAGGGAGCCCAACCAGCUCAAACGCAUGAAGACCAUCAAACACUUCAUCAAAAUCGCCCUGCACUGCCGCGAGUGCAAGAACUUCAACUCCAUGUUCGCGAUCAUCAGUGGUCUGAACUUGGCACCGGUGUCGAGACUGAGAGGAACAUGGGAAAAGUUACCCAGCAAAUAUGAGAAGCUGUUUGGAGACCUGCAGGACCUGUUCGAUCCCUCCAGAAAUAUGGCCAAGUACAGAAACGUGCUCAACAAUCAGAACCUGCAGCCUCCAGUCAUCCCCCUGUUUCCUGUCAUCAAGAAGGACCUCACCUUCCUUCAUGAAGGUAAUGACUCCAAAGUCGAUGGGCUGGUGAACUUUGAAAAGCUGAGGAUGAUUGCCAAAGAAAUCCGUCACGUUGGACGCAUGGCAUCUGUCAACAUGGACCCGGCCCUCAUGUUCCGGACCAGGUCUCUGAGUCAGGGCAGUGCCAACGCGGCCGUGCUGGACGUCAGCCAGACGGGCGGCCACAAGAAGCGGGUGCGCCGCAGCUCCUUCCUGAACGCCAAAAAGCUCUACGAGGACGCCCAGAUGGCCAGGAAAGUCAAACAGUACCUGUCCAACCUGAGCCUGGAAACCAACGAGGAGAGCCUGCAGACGCUGUCUCUGCAGUGUGAACCCUCCAUCAGUACACUGCCCAAGAAUGCCGGCGGGAAGCGGCCGGACACGUCUCCAGUCGUUUCCAGAGCUGCCAGUCAGCAACGGGGUCAGCUGGCCAAAGGGAACCAGGCCCUGCAGGUCCCCGCCGUGGCCCUCUACCCAUCCAGAAAGAGAGUGCCAGUCAAAGAGCUGCCGCCUUUUGGUACCAGUUCGCCACAGUCUCUGAAGAAGAUCCUGUCUCUGUCUGAGGAGGGAACCGAGCGGCACCGGAGGCAGCCAGAGGACACGGUGUCUAACGCCUCCUCCCAGCUCUCCUCCCCGCCCACCUCCCCCCAAAGCUCGCCAAAGAAGGGUUAUGGCCGGAUUGGGGAUGCCUACUCUGACUCUGGUCACAGUGAGAUCUCGUCCCGCUCCAGUCUGGUCAGCAACUCCUCCUUCGACAUGGCCCAGGACGAGCGGAGACUCCGGCACUCUGGAGGGGGGGGGGACUCCCACGACUGCCGGGGCAUUUACUCCGGCUGCCCCACGGUCCUCUCCUCGCCCAGCUCAGAGGAGCUGACUCAGGAUCAGGGCGACCGCGUGUCUCUGGACGCCGCGGACAGCGGCCGCGGGUCCUGGACUUCCUGCUCCUCCGGUUCCCACGACAACAUCCAGACCAUGCAGCAGGGCCGGAGCUGGGAGACUUUGGCCUUCGGGGGCGGCGGGGGCGGCCUCGGAGGACUCCCCCCCGGACCAGAGGCCUUAUUGGGGGGCCCCGCGGCGCUGUGGGCGGCCCAAGCCAGGGGCAGCUGGGCCUCCGCCAGCUCCUCCUCAUCCUCAGCCGCCUACUGGGGAGAGGACUCGGAGGGGGACACGGGCACCAUCAAGAGACGGGGGGGAAAGGACGUCAACGCCGACCCGGAAACGAGUAGCAUCACAUCCACUGGAUCAGAGGAGGCCAAGCAGCUGGGCCGGCCCACCCCAUCACCCAUCACCGCUGGGGCUCGAAAGGAGGGCCGAUACCGCGAGCCCCCCCCGACUCCCCCCGGCUACACCGCCCUGACCAUCUCCGACCUCGCCGAGGGUCAGCACCCGGCGCCGCCCGCCCCCGCGUCCGCCGCCACUCACUCGGGCCGCCGGCCGCCCGACUACACCACGGCCCUGCAGCGCUCGCGCAUGGUCACGCAGUCCCCGGACCCCCACCAGGCCCACCAGGGCGCCAAGCACCGGGCGGGGGGCCCCCAGCGGCCCCGCUCGCCCGCCGAGGAGCAAGAGCCCGAGGAGGAAGAGGAGGAGGAUGAACAGGUGUCGGCCGUCUGA